AUGACUUCGAAAGCGCCGCUUUACGGGUUAAGUUUCAACGAGUACGACCCGAAUGGCGACGCUAUUUUUGCUAUUGUUGGUGGAUUGAAGAUCAUAAUUAUCAAAUUGAGCCAAACUUUAUCUUCUGAAAAUUGUCCGGGAGACGGUGUUAACAUAUUGCAAGUAUACGAGGAUGAAAAUGAUCAAGAAAAUUUCUACUGCUGUACAUGGUCUUAUGACCUAACAACUGGACUACCUUUGUUAGCGGUGGCUGGUGCUUCCGGUCUAAUAAAAGUAAUCGAUACUAGCAAGAAAUCUCUGGUGAAAGUUCUUGCCGGACAUGGAGAUGAAAUAAAUGAAUUAAAAUUUCACCCAUUAUCACCUUGUCUUUUACUUUCAGCCAGUAAAGAUUUUUCCAUACGAUUAUGGAAUAUAAAAACCGAACGUGUAAUUGCCGUGUUUGGAGGUGAAUGUGGGCAUCGUGAGCCUGUAUUAAGUAUUGAUUUUCACUUAUCCGGCGACUAUUUCGCCUCUGCCGCGAUGGAUCAUUCCGCAAAAAUAUGGUCAUUAUGCUCUCCACUUCUAAAAAAUGCAAUCCAGGCAUCAUUCACAUCCCAAACACAACCAUCGACCUCGACAUUGACAUCAUUGCCGGUACGAUGCCAAAAGCGACUUCAUCACAUACAGACGUGCUUUUGUGCGGGUCCUAAUAAACCCGCUCGGUUACCCAUUUUUGUCCAUUUUCCACUGUUUUCAACUAUCGACUUACACAAUAAUUACGUUGACUGUAUACGAUGGUAUGGUGAUAUGUUGAUGUCGAGGUGUGCAACCGAGACGCGAAUUAUCAUGUGGAAAGCUUGUGAUGUUAGCUUGUCCCCUGCGAUUGGACAUAACAAUUGUGAUGGUAAUAAGAAUAAUGGUAGUAACGUUAUUGAUAAUAUUGAUGAUGAUGACAUUCGAGCAGCGUGGUUAGGAAAAACUCCUGUUGCCGGAGGUCCAGCAAUUGAAAGCAAACGACCCACAAAAUUCGACAUAAUCUGUGAAUUUCCAUUCCAAAGUUGCGAUAUUUGGUUUAUCAGAUGCGGGGUAUCCUCAGAUCAUAAAUUACUGGCUAUGGGCAAUCAAAUAGGUAGAAUUUACAUCUACGAUUUGCAGAAAGCAAUACCAUUCUACAUCGAACAGUACAUAAAAGACAAGAAAAAAACUGCGUACGGCGGAAACGUAAGAUCACAAACCACUUCAAAAUCAAGUAUCGUCACAAGAAGUAAUAGUAAGAAUGUAACGCCUACAUCCUCAACUCCUAAUACUAGAUUAUCCAAAUCAAAGAGAGACCGAAAAAGUUAUGAGGAAGAGGAAGAAGAGGCAGAGGCGCAAGAAGAAACAAUCGUCAAUUUGCCUAUUAACUCAAUUGAUCGUAACAAUAAUCAUAGUGCUACCCCGAAAUCCGUCACCCAAAAAACCAACAACAAAUUUGAAAUUCUUUCACCAUCUUCAAAAGUAAAAAGUCAAACGAAUAAAAAUGACAAAGGAAAAUCAUCCAAUACAACUUCCUCGAAUAAACGAACAGAUUAUGGUAAUCAAAAUAAUCUUGGGCCCAGUAAACGAUUAAAAAAACUGGAACAAAUCAACCAAAAUGACCACAUGAUAAUGCGUAUGUUAGAGGUGAAUCAAAGCAAUACCGCUGUUCGACAGGUAGCUUUUUCCGCGGAUAAUGUGUGGUUAGUUGGAAUAUCUGAUGAUGCAAAAAUUUGGUGUUGGGCUCGAAAUAACACCGAGUCUUUGGUUAGUGAAUCUUCUGUUGGUGUUGAUGAUUUUGAAGUAAAAGAAAUGACGACCAUGAAGAUAGACUAG